AUAUUGGGCCAGAGCUGCCCCUCUCAGUUGCAGAUUUUGGACUCUGAGCAAGAACUUACAUUUUACAGUUCUUUCUUCCUCUCCUUAUCCUACUUCCAAAGGCAAGAGAAAGGCAAUACACCCCUUUCUGGCAUUUGGACUUCCCAGAAGGCUUGUGGACACAAUGACAAAGUACACACUGAUUGACGAGCAAGACAUUCCACUUGUGGAGAGUUACUCUUUUGAGGCUCGAAUGGAGGUCGAUGCAGAUGGAAAUGGUGCUAGAAUAUUUGCCUUUGCGUUCGACAAAAACCGAGGAAGAGGGUUCGGACGCCUGCUGCAUGAGUUACUGUGGGAGAGGCAUCGUGGCGGCAUCGCCCCUGGCUUUCAAGUCGUGCAUUUGAAUGCAGUGACAGUGGACAAUCGUUUAGACAACCUGCGAUUGGUUCCAUGGGGAUGGAGGCCCAAAGCCGAAGAAAUCUCUAGUAAACAAAGGGAACAAAGCUUAUACUGGCUGGCGAUCCAGCAGCUUCCCACAGACCCCAUAGAGGAACAGUUUCCGGUGCUGAAUGUGACGCGCUAUUAUAACGCUAAUGGGGAUGUUGUGGAAGAAGAGGAGAGUUCGUGCACAUACUAUGAAUGUCACUACCCUCCCUGCACAGUGAUUGAGAAACAGUUACGUGAAUUUAACAUCUGUGGCCGUUGCCAGGUCGCACGGUACUGCGGCUCGCAGUGCCAGCAGAAAGACUGGCCGGCCCACAAGAAGCACUGUCGGGAGAAGAAGCGAGUCUUCCAGCAAGAGCUUGGACCAGAACGAUGACCAGCUGGCUGAGGCCUUAGCCCCACAGGGCACCUUCCCAGAAGGUUAAGGAGGAGGUGCCCACUUUGCACGGACUGCUCACUUGAAGCCAGAGGCACUGACAAAAAGGAGAGAGAGAGAGGAGAGAUUUUUUUAUAUAUAUAAAAAGACAAACCAAUCCCUGUGAUGCUUGAGGAAAGGGACUGACUCUUCCCUUCCAGUGUUAAAAAAAGAAAACGUCUGAAGCAAAAAAAAAAAAAAAGACUACUGGGGAAGCUCUCCUGCUUGGAAGCUUUCUGUUAUUUAUAUGUUAAUAUGUUUGUAAAGUUGUGUACAGAGGUUUUUUUUUGUUUUUUUGUUAGAAGUUCUCUUGCAUAGGACUCAUUUACUGUAAUGUUCAAGUGAGAACACAUUGUUGGUUGAAAUAACUGUCCAGUAGCAAAAAGAGAAACAAAAAAAAAGCUUUUCCUCCCCCUGUGGCUAGGAGAAGGCCUGGGGAGCUAGCUCAAAACAUCAGCAGUUAAAUCAGAACAACUCUGCAUGGAAAGUUGUGUUUUCAAGUAAAGGAUUGGAAUGGA